AUGCACCUCCGUUCGUGCCUUGUGGGGAGCGUUCUCGCUCUCGGCGCCAACGCCUUCCUUGUUAUCCCCGAAGUCGAAGAAGCCAUCGCCCCUGAGGGUGACUUCCCUCCCCUCCACCCUUUGGAGGUUUAUGCUCCCAAGAAGGAACAGGUUGAGCUUGCCUGCACCGAAUGUCCGUUCCGUGAAGUCAGUGAGGAUGGGAAGGUCAGCUGGACUGACGGUUUCCAGACCUCUUUGUUGGUCGACUUCUCCACUGAAAAUGGCUUCCUUCUGGCCAACGGUCGCCAAAUCUUCCCUCCGCCACCUCCCACUCUCAUCACUGCCGUUCAGAGCCGGACGUCGGAUGGCGUAGAGACGGAACCCAUUCCGUUGGGAUAUGCUGUGGAGGAAAUGCCUUUGCCCACUCCGCCUGAGGACCCUAUGGAUUUGGUCGCUGUGCGCUUCACUGUCCUCGAUCUCGACAGUCGCCCCGUCCCCUUGGAUACGGUGGCUUUGACUCUUCUCCAUGACCCUAGCAGCGGCGAGCUGUACAUCGCCAAGACUGAGAUCGAAGAAGCGACCCCCGACCGCGUCUCCUGGAAACAAUGCCGCGGAAAGCCGAAGUGUCUCAGGAAGCUCUUGUUCGACCGCAUGCGCGCCUUGUUCGCUGCGGCCAAGGCCCGCAUGCUUGGAAUGGGACCUAAGCCGAAGGGCUCGCACUGCGGUGGUCCUCACGGCUUGGACUUCCCUCCUCCGCCCCGCCCUCACCAUCACCAUCACCACCAUCCCGAUGACAAGUUCGACCCUGAGCGCAUGCCGCCCAUGCCGCCCAUGGAGGGAGAGGAGGCUGAAUUCCAUGGCCAUAUGGACAAGUUUGACCGCCCCCACCAUCACCACCACAUGCACCACAUGCACCAUGGCAAGUGGGAACGCACCGUCCACCGCGUGGUCCGUUUCAUCGUGGUUCCCGCUGUGCUGGGUGUUUUGGCAGGUCUGGCCGCGAGCGCUCUUGGUAUGCUGGUCGGCCAGAUCGUGGUCUUCAUGUGGCAACGUUUCCGCCGCUCUACUCCCAAGAAGUCCUUGGAACAGGGUACGGUAUCUGAAAAGCAGGGUCUGAUGAUGGAGUCCGAAGAACUCCCACCGGCAUACAGUGAUGAAGAGGCCGUGGUUGAGGAAGUAUCUUCGGCUAAGAACUGA